AAGCCAAUUCGACUCAGCAUGGCUCCUCACGCUGAGGAUCACGUUGGCUCUGCGACGGGGGGUGAUGGAGUACCCGCAACCCCGGCCAAGAACCUCUUUGUUGUUGAUUCUCCCAAUGUCCAGUACACCGACGACACCAUCAACACAAAGUACACCUACCGCACUACGGCCGUGUCCAAGGAUGCCAAUGGCAAGUUUGUAGCCGUGCCCAAGGAGACUCUCUAUGAUUUCAAGGUUGAUCGCAAAAUCCCCAAGCUCGGCGUCAUGCUUGUCGGCUUGGGUGGUAACAAUGGUACCACUGUCACUGCUGGUAUCAUUGCCAACCGUCGUGGCCUCGUCUGGGAUACCAAGGAGGGCAAACGAGCCGCCAAUUACUAUGGCUCCGUCAUCAUGGGCUCCACAACCAAGCUCGGUGUCGACAGCGAAACCUCCGACGACAUCAACAUUCCUUUUCAUGAUCUAAUGCCCAUGGUCCAUCCCAAUGAUCUCGUCGUGGGUGGCUGGGACAUCAGCAGCAUGAACCUCGCAGAUGCCAUGGAUCGCGCAAAGGUCCUCGAGCCCACCUUGAAAGCUCUUGUCCACAAGGAAAUGGCUACCAUGACGCCUUUGCCCAGCAUCUACUAUCCAGACUUCAUCGCUGCCAACCAGGAGGAACGCGCUGACAACGUCAUCCCCGGCACCAAGGCCUCCAUGGCCCAUGUCGAACAGAUCCGCAAGGACAUCCAAGAAUUCAAAGCCGCCCACAAUCUCGACAAGGUGAUUGUGCAGUGGACUGCCAACACCGAACGUUUCUCGGAUGUGACUGAAGGUGUCCACGACACUGCUGAGAAUCUUCUCAAGGCCAUUGAAGGCGGACAUGAAGAGGUCUCUCCUAGUACCGUCUUUGCUGUCGCAUGCAUCUUGGACAAAGUACCAUUCAUCAACGGAUCUCCCCAGAACACCUUUGUGCCUGGUGCCAUCCAGCUCGCGGAACAGCACGGUGCAUUCAUUGGUGGCGAUGAUUUCAAGUCUGGUCAGACCAAAAUGAAGUCUGCUCUUGUCGAUUUCUUGAUCAAUGCAGGCAUCAAGCUCACCUCCAUCGCCAGUUACAACCAUCUAGGAAACAACGACGGCAUGAAUCUUAGCUCUCAGAAGCAGUUCCGCUCCAAGGAGAUUUCCAAGUCAAAUGUGGUCGACGAUAUGGUCGCUGCCAACACUGUGCUCUACGAAAAGGACGAGCACCCCGACCAUACCGUGGUCAUCAAGUACAUGCCCGCUGUUGGUGACAACAAGCGUGCGCUCGAUGAAUACUACGCUGAGAUCUUCUUGGGUGGCCACCAGACCAUUAGCAUCUUCAACGUUUGCGAGGAUUCGCUCUUGGCCUCUCCGUUGAUCAUCGAUCUGGUCUUGGUUGCUGAGAUGAUGACUCGCAUUCAGUGGAAGGCCCACGGAACCGACAACGCUCAGGCAAAGUAUGCUGGCUUUCACAGUGUGCUCAGCGUUCUCAGCUAUAUGCUCAAGGCGCCGCUCACCCCUCCCGGCACUCCAGUCAUCAACUCUCUGGCUAAACAGCGUGCCGCCCUCACAAAUAUUUUCCGCGCCUGCGUGGGCUUGGAACCUGAGAGCGACAUGACUCUGGAACACAAACUCUUCUAG